GCUGCUGGAGAGAGAGAGAGAGACAGAGGCGUGGCCGUGGGAGGCGAGAGGCAGUGCGAGUCGGGCUCCCCGCGCGGAGCUGGCUUUGCUCGCGUCUUUCUCUGUGUGUCUUUACGCGCGCAGGGUAUCCUUCUUCCGAAAGGUCAGCCUGGAGAGCGCCUCUGCGCUUGGAGGAUCGGACGCCGGGCAGCGGCACCAUGGAAGGCUCCCGAGCUUUCUGGGCGGUCGCUUUGCUGGCUCUUCUUCUGGGCGAAUCAACAGGUGGUACCAGACCUUCUAUUAUUCCGGCAUUUUCCACUUUGGUUGUGAAUAGUGGACAAGAGUUAAAGCUGUUGUGUAGUGACGAUGGCCCUGUGACCUGGGAUUUUCGGAGUUCGGACCCAUCAGCAAAGCCCCUCAAUGCAAAAAAGAAGGAGUUACACAUAAGUAAAGCAGAAGCAAGCCACACAGGAACAUAUACAUGUAUAAACACAGAGAGAUUGAACAACUCAAUUUAUGUUUUUGUUAAAGAUCCAGCGGUCCUGUUCUUUCAUGAGUCUGUCACAUAUGCGAUGGAAGAUAGUGAUGCUCUCAUUCAAUGUCCAGUGACAGAUCCAGACAUUUCAAAUUUCACUUUGAAAAGAUGUCCCGGGAAACCUCUGCCUGAGAAUAUGGUGUUAGUUCCUGAUCUUCAGAAAGGAAUUACCAUAAAAAAUGUACAGAGAUCAUUUUCUGGUUGUUACCGGUGUGUGGCAUAUCAAAAUGGAGAGGAGAAGGUGUCACAGAUUAUUACACUCGUCGUGAGGGCAGUUCACAAAUCCCUUCCAGCCAUCUCCUUAUCCAAAACCAACCAACUUCUCAAAGAAGGUGAAGAAUUUGAAGUUACAUGCACAAUCAAGGAUGUAGAUAGCACUCUGCAAGCUAAUUGGAUUUUUCAAGGCAGCGCGACUGUUACAGGGAAAAGCAGGAAUACGGGCGCUUAUGGAUAUGAAAAGAAAUUAAAGCUGAACAUCAGUUCAGUGGGAGUUAAUGAUUCUGGAGCAUUUGUGUGCCAAGGAAGAAACACUUUUGGAACAAUCAAUUCCACUAUAACCUUGAAAGUACUAGGUAAAGGAUAUAUCAAUUUAUCAACUUCGGCAAACACAACAGUAAAUGUAAAUGAUGGAGAAAAUCUGGAUUUAAUCGUGGUGUAUGAGGCGUAUCCAAAGCCAGAAGAAGAAGUAUGGAUGUACAUGAACGAAACCUUGCAAAAUUCAUCCGAUCAUUAUGUGCGGGUCACAAACAUAGACAAAAACAGGUAUUCCAGUGAGCUUCACCUUACUCGACUGAAGGGAACAGAAGGAGGCGUAUACACAUUUUUUGUGUCCAACUCAGAUGCCAACUCCUCUAUAGCAUUUAAUGUCUAUGUGAACACCAAACCGGAAAUUGUUGCUUCGGACAGGCUUAGCAAUGGCAUGCUUCACUGUGUGGCCGCUGGGUACCCUGCCCCGAAAAUAGACUGGUAUUUCUGCACAGCAGCUGAGCAAAGGUGUUCAGAUUCACCAAACAUUUCACCAGUAGAUGUGAAGACCAAUUAUAAAGAUUCGCCUUUCCCUCCUUUUGGGAAGAUAGUUGUUGAAAGCACCGUGGAUGCCAGCAUGUUCAAGAAUGGCACUGUUGCAUGUGAGGCAUCCAACGACAUUGCCAGGAGCGCUGCCUUUUUCAACUUUGCCAUUAAAGAACAAAUAAGCACCCACACCCUUUUCACUCCUUUGUUAAUUGGCUUUGGAGUAGCGGCAGGACUGAUGUGCAUCACAGUCAUCAUUCUUGUGUACAAAUAUCUGCAGAAACCAAAAUAUGAGGUUCAGUGGAAAGUGGUUGAUGAAAUAAAUGGAAACAACUACGUUUACAUAGAUCCCACACAGCUUCCUUAUGACGACAAAUGGGAGUUUCCGAGAAACCGGCUAAGUUUUGGCAAGACUCUUGGAGCUGGAGCUUUUGGGAAAGUCGUUGAAGCCACUGCUUAUGGUCUCUUCAAACCUGAUGGAGCAAUGAGAGUAGCUGUAAAGAUGCUCAAACCCAGCGCCCAUUUCACCGAGAAGGAAGCCCUGAUGUCCGAGCUGAAAGUCCUGAGUUACCUUGGCAACCACAUUAACAUUGUCAAUCUACUCGGAGCCUGUACAGUUGGAGGUCCUACUCUGGUCAUCACAGAAUACUGCUGCUAUGGUGACCUUUUGAAUUUUCUGAGAAGGAAACGUGACUCUUUUAUUUGCCCAAAGCAUGAAGAAACAGCUGUCUACAAGAACCUUCUCUAUCAAAAAGAACACAUGUAUGAUGCCACUGAUGAAUACAUGGACAUGAAACCAGGAGUUUCUCAGGUCAUCCAUGCCAAAGCCACUAAAAGGAGUCCAGGAAGGCCAGGAUCGUUUGCUAAUCAGGAUGUCACCAUCGCCAUCUUAGAAGAUGACGAACUGGCUCUGGAUAUUGAAGACUUGCUAAGUUUUUCUUAUCAGGUGGCAAAAGGGAUGAGCUUUCUUUCCUCCAAAAAUUGCAUUCACAGAGACCUGGCAGCAAGAAACAUAUUGCUUACUCAUGGGCGGAUUACGAAAAUAUGUGACUUUGGCCUUGCAAGAGAUAUCAGGAACGACUCAAAUUAUGUGGUCAAAGGAAAUGCACGACUUCCUGUGAAAUGGAUGGCACCUGAAAGCAUUUUUGAAUGUGUGUACACGUUUGAGAGUGAUGUCUGGUCUUACGGAAUCCUGCUUUGGGAACUGUUCUCUCUAGGAAGCAGUCCCUAUCCUGGAAUGCCUGUGGAUUCCAAGUUCUAUAAAAGGAUUAAGGAAGGAUACAGAAUGUUUACUCCAGAAUUUGCACCUGCUGAAAUGUAUGAGAUAAUGAAGAGCUGCUGGGAUGCUGACCCCGUGAAGAGGCCGACUUUUAAGCAAAUUGUACAAUUGAUUGAGCAGCAGAUUUCAGAUACCACAAACCAUAUUUACUCAAAUGUUACAAGUGGCAUUUGCACUCAAGGAAAUGCUCCAGAUCACUCGGUGAGGAUAAAUUCGGUAGGCAGCAGCGCUUCAUCGACUCAGCCCUUGCUCACACAUGAAGUUGCUUGACAGGAGACUCGUCCAGCCUUGAUGAAGAAACUACUGUUGUUGUUUUCGAAAUGACUACUGGUUGUUCGCAGUGUAUUCCCUACUACGCUGAGGGUAGUAGGAACAUUGCAGUGAUAUUCUUGCUCUGUUUCUCCCCACCCCCCCUCUCUUUUUGAAAAUCACAUGCUGUUAAAAACAAAAGUAGGUUACCCAUCACAGUCAACAAUGUUGUCACACUGUUUGCUAGAAUCUGUGUAUAGUUGCUAUGUUAAAUGCGUUUGUAGUGUAGAACCAGAUUUGGGAGUGGGAAAACAACCUGUUUAAAAUCUUUGGUAUGGAUUAGAGAUGUAUCUAUCUGUGUAUAUUUAUAU